AUGAUAUAUGGCAACAACACAGUAUACGACAAAGCGCUAGAAACCCAUGAAUUGCAUGGUCAGCGGUUCAAUUACCCGAUUUUCAUUCUCCGUCAACCCAUUCUCGACGGUACAUUCAACAAAUAUGCCAUUCUUCUAUCCCUGGUUCUCCAGGAAUUGGCGAAGCCAGAAGGCCAAAGAUUAGAGUGGCUUUUCUGGCACGACAGCGACACGGUCCUCAUGAACCCCAAUAUGCCUCUCGAGGUCUUCCUCCCACCCGAUCACUUCGGAGACGUCCACAUGUUACUCUCAAAAGACUGGAAUGGAAUGAACAACGGAGUCUUCUUCGUCCGCGUGCACGAAUGGUCCGUGAACCUACUAUCUGCUGCAAUCGCUUAUCCAACCGUCCAUCCAAACGUCGAACUAUUCUGGCCCGAUCAGUCAGCCCUCACGAACCUCUUCAACGAAAACGAAAUAUUUGCACGAUCCGUUGUCUACUGUCCACUGCGGUGGUUCAAUGCCUAUAUGAGAUCUCCAGACGGGAGAAAACAGAACAAAGAUUCACCUUCGCGUUUCCAAGUGCAUCCUGGAGAUUUGCUGGUUCAUUUCCCAGGUACCCCCCGUGAACAUCUCAAUCAAACACUUUUCCCAUAUCUCCAGAUCGCCCUAGCGCAUGAAGCGGAGUGGGAGCCUAGGCUCGAAGAGACGGAGUAUAUUCAGGAAACAAACACAUUUUGGAGGACUAUUAAUCGACGGCCCUACGUCCCGGAGCCGAAAGUGGAGUCUUCACCAAAGGCCGCGGUAGUUGAAGAGCAAGAACCGGAGGCACGCUUAGAUCUAGAAGAGCCUGAAACACAAGAAUUCUAG